AGAAAAAAAAGUGUCUUGAUACAGCCCAGACUCUGAGAAGACCUCUCCACUGCUGCCUGUGCCACAUCAGUCUACUGCCUGCCUGCUGACAAUGGCCGGAUACAGGUAUCCCCUGCUUGGAGGACUGCUCCUCAUCACUUUGGGGGUUGUGCACUGCUCCCCCAGAUGCCUCCCUGGAGACCGAGCCCUGGGCAGAUGUAUGGAUCCCGCUUCAGAGAAAGGAACCUGCAGUGAUAAUUUCCUGGGAUAUUGUGAUGACUUACCCUACAGCAAAACAAUGUUUCCAAAUUUAUUAGACCACCGAUCAAGAGGAGACGUGGAGUUUAGUGCUGAGUACAUUCUGUUAAGUGUCAUUGACAACUUGCUUCAAGGAGAAUGCAACCCUGACCUCAGACUUGUGGGAUGUGCCGUUCUUGCUCCAAAAUGUGUGAAGAAUAAGAUUGUGAAACCUUGUCGAUCAGUCUGCGAAACCUUGAAAAAAAAUUGCCUGCCUGCCUUUGAUGGUAUUGACAUGGCUUGGCCCUAUUUUUUGGACUGUGAUCGAUUUUUUGUUGGGGAAGAAGAAGGCUGCCAUGAUCCACUUGAAAAGCUAAGAGUUAACGUAGAGGUCACUCCCGAAGAUCUCGCUCCUCCUCAGUUGCCGUCUACCUUCAUACACUUCAAUCACCACAGCUACACACAGAUGGUCACUAUUCUGAAAAAGACUGCUGCCAAGUGUUCCAGCAUAGCCAAGACAUACAGCAUCGGCAGGAGCUUUGAAGGAAAAGACCUUCUUGUUAUCGAGUUUUCCAACAAUCCGGGAAAACAUGAGUUACUUGAGCCAGAAUUUAGAUACAUUGGAAACAUGCACGGCAAUGAAGUGGUUGGACGAGAGUUACUGAUUUAUUUGGCGCAGUAUUUGUGCUCAGAAUAUCUUCUUGGAAAUCCCAGAAUCCAGACAUUGAUCAACACCACCAGGAUCCACCUUCUGCCUUCUAUGAACCCAGAUGGCUAUGAGCUGGCAUCAGAGGAGGGUGCCGGCUACAAUGGAUGGACAAAUGGACGAAUGACAGCUCAGAACAUUGAUCUCAAUAGGAAUUUCCCUGAUUUGACAUCAGAAGUGCAUAAGAUUAUGAAAGUGCGCUCAGCAAGGGUCGAUCACAUGCCAAUUCCUGAGUCGUUUUGGUGGGGUAAGGUGGCUCCAGAGACAAAGGCGGUCAUGAAGUGGAUGAGGAAUAUCCCAUUCGUGAUGUCGGGGAGUCUUCAUGGAGGUGACUUAGUGGUCAGUUAUCCUUAUGACUUCUCUAAGCACCCCUUAGAAGAAAAAAUGUAUUCUCCCACUCCAGAUGACAAGGUAUUUAAGAUGCUUGCAAAAACCUACGUUGCUUCACAUCCCAAAAUGUCAGAUCAGUCAACAGAAAGAUGUGGUGGAAAUUUUGUCAACAAAGGAUCCAUAAUAAAUGGUGCAGAGUGGUACAGCUUCAGUGGAGGAAUGUCAGACUUCAGUUAUCUCCACACAAAUUGUUUUGAACUGACCCUGGAGCUGGGAUGUGAGAAGUUCCCAACCGAGGAGGAACUGUAUCCUGCCUGGCAAGACAAUAAAGAAUCUCUGCUGAGCCUAAUUGAAAUGGUGCAUCGUGGUAUUAAAGGAGUAGUCAAGGACGAACAUGGGAAUCCAAUUAAGAAUGCUCGCAUUUCAGUAAAAGGCGUUCGCCACGAUAUAACCACAGCUGAAAAUGGAGAUUACUGGCGACUCUUGAUUCCAGGUAUCUAUGUGGUCUCCGCAGAAGCCUUCGGCUACUCUAAGGUCUCCAAGAAGAUCACUCUUCCAGCUAGACUGACUAGACCUGGACGCGUUGACUUUGUUUUGACCCGCGUUGAGGUAAAACCUCGCAAAUACAAUAAACUUAUUCCAGAAGAUAUCUAUGAUCGAUUGGACCCACUCGACUCUUAUGAUCCUCAUGCUCGACAGGGACAAAGGGAACCAGGCGAGGGAGGUCAAGAGUCCCAAGAUGGAGAAAAGCCUUGGUGGUGGUCAUAUUUUAGCAUGUUAGGCCAUAACAGACCAGCAUGGCUACUAAAAAACAAUUAAUCAUUACUUGGGGCAACAAUUUUCAUAUUUUUUAAUUUUUUAAUGUUUUUAUUUUACAAUGGUAGAUACAUUUGUGGCCAACCUUAACUACUUUGAAGAUUUCAUUAUUAAUAUUACCGUUCGUAUGGCUGUUAUGUUAGUUUGUUCUUUAUCGCCAUUUGCAUUUUUCUUUGUAUUUUUCUUGAUGUUUUAGAACAUUCCUGUAUAAAAUGUGUAUAUUUUUUAUAACAUUGAUGCAGUGUAAGAAUAGUGUCCAAACUGUAGAAAUAAACUAAAUGUAAUAUUAAUAAACUGGUCUUCAGUUG